UCGCAUCUCUUAGCAGAUGCAGCAGCUGCUUCCCCCAGCGCCUCAUCUCCGCCCGCUACCUGCCGCCGGCGAGCCCCGCACCGUGCAUCUCCGCCGCCGCCGCUCCUCCUUAGCAAAAUCCGCCCUCCCGCUUGCUGCCUCUCCCCGCCCCUCCCACUGAUUCGACUUCCCUCCCACUUGAGCCACCGAAUUCAGGCGUAGUAGAAACCUGCAGGCAUUUACGUUUCCACACGCCGCAGGCGCAUUCUCCGUCCGUGCUCUCAACAGAUCUCUCCUCCGACGAUUCGUGCUCGUCCAACUGUGGUCGGUGGUGGUAGACGGCCGGCGACGAGAGUGUGCUCCGCCACUGUUGCUUCGGCUGGAUGGUGGAUUUGGUUCACUAGCUGUUGGAACAGAGGGGGGGCAGUUUUGCUCCAAUUCAAAACUCAAAUCCCCCUCCUCUCCUCCCAGAUUGCUGCGGGUUUGUCCCGCCCCAAUCCAUCCAUUCAUGGUCCGCGUGGGCUCGCCUUCCUCAGCGCGCAGUGUGAAUCAACCCAAGCAAGCUGAGAACGUCUUUUUUGAGCAAUUGAUCAGCAAGAUAGAAGCUGCGGAUUUUGAUCCGCGGCCCUUAUUGAAACAAUGGAACGUUUUAGGCCGCUAUGAACCAAUCAAGCGGAAUGUAUAUCACAUUAAGAGACGCACUGAAGAUUAUGGUAUUUUUUGUUCCUGUAAGCCUUCUUCUGGUUCAUCAGUUGUGUGUGGCAAAGACUGCCAUUGUGGGAUGCUGUUCUCUUGUUGUUCAUCAAACUGUGAAUGUGAUAACACAUGUGCCAACAAACCAUUCCAGCACAGACCUCUGAAGCAAACCAAAUUGAUUACGACAGAGAAAUGUGGAUUUGGAUUGGUAGCUGAGGAUGAAAUAAAGAAAGGAGAAUUUGUUGUAGAAUAUGUGGGUGAAGUUAUUGAUGACAGAGCAUGUGAGAAAAGAUUAUGGCAAAUGAAAAGGCUGAGUGACACUAACUUCUACCUUUGUGAGGUCAGUAGCAAUAUGGUCAUUGAUGCUACUGACAAGGGAAACAUGUCCCGUUUUAUAAACCAUAGUUGUGAACCAAACACAGAGAUGCAGAAAUGGACUGUUGAUGGAGAGACCAGAGUUGGAAUCUUCGCCCUUCGUGACAUAAAGAAAGGGGAGGAGCUGACCUAUGACUAUAAAUUUGUCCAGUUUGGAGCAGAUCAGGAUUGUCAUUGUGGAUCUUCAAACUGCCGAAAAAUGCUUGGAGCAACGAAGUCACUCAACUCAAUUGUUUUUCGAAGUGGCCAUUUUUCAGUGAGGUCACAGAAUCAGUAUGUCAAGAAGAAAAAAAGGAAAACAAAGUCUGAGAAUUGCAUUGGGCAGUUUCUUCGUUUGUGGCAUCGACGGCAAAAAAUGUAUGUCGGAUGUUGGAUAAUUGACUUCGAUCAAGAAACUAAAAUACAUACUCUGCAGUUUACUGACGAACAUGUUGAAAAGUUUAAUUUGAAAGAAGAAGAGUGGCACUUCUUACCGGUUGAUUCAUCAGAUGAUGAAAAAUGAGCAUUGAAGUUAACUGUCACAAUCUAUUGGACUGUGAGGGUUCGCUGCGCUGCCAGCCUGAUUUCGGCUCAUUUGCCAUCAACGGCAGAAAGGCAGAACUGGCGGGCAGUUUUCUCCCAUUUGGAGUCUGCUGCAACCCUGAUGCUUGAGACAAGCUUGUGCGCGGUCUGGCGCCACAAGCUGUAACUGCCGAUUCCCAUUGCCAAACUGAACCAUACCCUUCGAUUGCAUUGUUCGUUGCGCAUCUUGUGAUGCUCGGAAACAGAAUAAAACCUUUGGUGAGUGCAGUGUACCAGCGUUGUUGUGUUGUGUGAUGCGGAAGCGUAGUUGAUAUGUGGGUUAGUGUCAACAGAUAUGUUGGUUAUUGCCUGUUCUCGCGGCACACUCUGACGAAACAUGAGGAGGCAUGAUCGAAGUGAUCUGUCUCCCUGGUUGCUGGCUGAUCGAUGCAUGCCUGACUGAGAUAAGCCAAAAUUGGCUGCUGCGUAAGAGCCAGUAGUGCUGGUCUUGUUUAGUCGAGUUGUUAGGCGAUGUUUUCGUGUUUUUCUCUAUUGCGGAAUGUUUUAAACAUUGAUGGUGUUGCUAAUGUAAUGCAUGCAUUGUCUUGUUUUGGAAAAAGAAAUGUUCUACUGAUGGUAGAGGUGCUAAGUUAAUUUUAUUCCGUUGAAGCAA